CGCAUCAGCGCCCCGCACCAGAUAUAUAGUGGCAGGAUUACGAUUCAGUUAUAUUCGUGAGCUAUGUUGUGACUCAUUGCCGGUGUAUAAAUGCGACGCCAUCUCAACAACUCCGAGCAGUCAUUCUCCCAAGGCCAUCGCAGCAAUUCCUCCAACCCGAGAACACAAUGUCCGGAAACCCUACGAGUCUAGAAGCUGAUGAACGGGCAGCAUACCUGCUAGACGCCCAAAACAAGGCCAUCCAACUCUUUGAUGAGAUCGAGCGUGACCUUCUACGCUCUGGCGUCGGUGAAAAGCAACUAAGCGAUGAGAUCUACGCACUCGCCCAACGACAUGGAGUGCGAACCCACUGGCACAAACGGGUCGUUCGGAGCGGCCCCAACACGUUGAGACCGUUUGCCGAGAAUCCUCCGGAUCGCAUCAUCCAGUCCGAUGACAUCCUGUAUGUCGAUCUAGGACCCGUCUUCGAAGCUUGGGAAGCGGACUUCGGGCGCACCUUUGUCCUCGGAGACGACCCGCAUAAGAAACAGCUGCGUGAUUCGCUUGAGCCCGUGUGGAACAAGGUCAAAUCACGCUAUCUUGCGAAAAUCGAUAUGACGGGCGAAGAACUAUAUGAGAUUGCAUGUGAUGAGGCGAAGCAAGCUGGGUGGGAUUUUGGUGCUGAUAUCGCUGGGCAUAUUGUUGGGUCUUUCCCGCAUGAACGCAUCCCGAAGGAUAGGGUUACUCUUUAUAUUGCCCGUGGGAAUAAUCGGCCGAUGACUACUCCUGGUAAGGAUGGGAAGACGCACCAUUGGAUCUUGGAGAUUCAUCUUCAUGAUCGGGUUCGUGGGCAUGGUGCUUUCAUGGAGCAGCUUUUGACUGUUGGAUGAAGCUGGUUUUCUGAUCGGUGAUUGGGUUUGUAGGAUGAUGAGAUGAUUCAUUACUUUAGGGUGUAUUUAAUGGCUCUACUUCUUGGAUAUAGUGUCUACAAUACGUAAGCUUAUCAAAUGAUCUGGUCGACCCCGAAGUGUCCCUAAAUUCAUUAUUUCGUUGAUUCUUAACGCCAGCAAGUGGGUACAAA